GUAGAAGAAGAACAGGGCGACGAAGAAGAAGAGACGGUGGAAGAACUGGAAGAGGAAGAAAGGGGUGGAGGACGGCGCGAGUCAAUCAUGGCUGCUCACAUAGUACGGAGGCGAAAUAGAUUACACCUUUUCUUAUUGUUAUGCCCCAUUUGUGUCUCGGCGUUUUUAAACUUGGAAGAACUGAACGAGAUGAAAUAUGAGAUUCAGAUUCUUCCCGAUCCUGUCAUUAUGGGGCAGACCAAGACAGAUGAGGUCAUGAUGGUGUCCAGCAAGUUCAAACAGCUGUAUGAGUGUCGCCUUCCAGCUCAGGCGGUCCGCUUUCAUCAGGACCCGGUGUCAGAUCCUGACUCACAAGGGUACACAGGGCCGGACAUCCCUGAUCUACUCAGCCCCAUGCGGGAGCCCCCCUGUCUAGUGUUGACAAAAGACUGGUGGACAUACGAGUUCUGCCAUGGUCAGCAUAUCAGACAGUACCAUCUUGAAGACUCAGAAAUCAAAGGGGACAUUCUCUUCCUGGGCUACUUUGAGUCUGAAUUUGACUGGAGAAAUGAAAGUGCAAAGGCCUCCAAACAGCACAGACUGAAACGCUUUCACAGUCAGACGUAUGUGAACGGCUCUAAGUGUGACAUCAACGGGAAUCACAGGGAGGCUGAAGUCCGGUUUGUGUGUGAAGACGGUUCGGGUGACUACAUCGCCCGAGUGGACGAGCCGCAGUCAUGCCGCUACGUGCUGACCAUUCAUACCAGUCGUACAUGCCAGCAUCCAUUACUGCGGCCUCCGUCCACUGCCAAGCCCCAGGGGAUCACAUGCCAGCCGGCACUAAGCGCACAACAGUACAUGGACUAUGUCAAAGCUCAAGUCUUCGACACAAAGCGUAAAGUGGAACAAAUCUCUGAGGAGCUGAGGAGUCUUGAUGAGAUGUUGGCCAGUAACGAGGAGGCGGAGUCACCGGUGGCUGUAAGGGCAGAAGAAGCAUCACCAGAACCCAGCGAUGCCCAGGACCAGUCUGACCGAAAAGUUUCUGCUGACAUGUCUGAGGAUGCAGAGUCAGAAGACCCAGAGGAUUCUCAGUUUUGGGAGGGAAUUACAAAACCAGGAAGUUCAAAAACAAGCUCUUCUCAUGAGAAGAGUGAGCAGGCAGUUGAUGAUGGCUUCAACUCAAUCACAGACAAUGAAAUCAUUGAUGAUGGAAAUGAAGUUGAAAAUUUCAACUUUAAAAUCAUCACUGACCCAUCAGACCUGAUGAAAUUUGUACAGCAUCUCAAGGAGAGUAAUAAAAAGAAAGCACAAAACCGAGCAAAGGAACAAGCGGGUAAAAGGGGAUCCGUGAAGCACAGCAAAGACGACAGAGAGGAUGAUGAAGAUGAACGGCUGCUUCAGGAGUUUGAGGAUGAGAUGGCAGACGUCUCUGUGCCGGCUGAUAAGACUGAGAAGAUAAAGGAAACGAUGCAAAAAGAGUUUGACAACAUCAUAAAUGAGGCGCAGCAAGAAUUGGAGACAGAAGGGCUGAAAGGAGAGUUUGAUCGCACGCAGGCUACGCAGGCACUGGAGACGACACUUGACAAGCUUCUUGACCAUUUGGAGGAGAAAGACGAGCUGGCCCCCGAGCAGCAAACAGGAGCUCAAAGAGCCAACGACCCGACCAGGGGAAGCCCCAGCUUGGCUCCAAAGCAGCCCGACCAAGAUGCUGAUGACCAUAUUAAGAUCAAAAUAACUAAGUAUAAGACAGGCAGCAGCUCCGAUGGGGAGUUCAAAAUACAGGAGUUGGGCAAAGGAGAUCCCCAGUGGCAGCACAUAAAGGACGUGGUUAAAGAACAGCUAGAGAAAGCAGGACUGAAGGCUGAAGGUAAAAUUGAGGUGAAGAUCUUGACACGAAAGAAUGCAGAUGAGGCAGGUGAUCAGUGGUUGACCGAAGAAGACACUAAGUCAUUCCGAGAGCUCCUCAUAAACCUGCUGACUGGAGGCACAGAGGAAGUUCACAAAGAGCAAAAGCGACAGCAAGAGUUGGAGAACAACUACAGAUUUGUGUGGGGUGACGGCCAAGAGGAGUCCCAGUCUUCCAGCAAUGACUCGGACGACGUAGAUCUGUGAGCCCAUUCAACACGCUCAGUGCCGCCAUUGUGAAGGUGUACGCCGGUGGUGAUCAGCGAGGCGGGGAGACUCUGAAGCGCAGCCCCCAAUUGACGAAGUGAUUCAUUUAUUGCUAUUAAAGCCAGAUGGUGACAUGACCUCAUGUUUACACCUUCCUGAAGCUUGUCCGGAGUCUGCAAUACGUCUUUAAAGAUUUAUGUGGUACGACAGAAUCACUGUCAGCUCUACUUGAAUGAGUUAUGCAUUUUUCCCCCUUUUUCUCGAUGGCUGAAAAAAAAAAAUAAUCAGGAAAUGGACAAUGCCAACAUUUUAUGAAUAUUUAAAUCAGUCGUGCUGCCUAUUUUCCAUCGUGGUCACUUAUGUUGCUAUUUGCAGGUCCCCAACUGUGUGCAACCUCAGUUCUUGCACAGGUCAUUUACCUUUGACUGUAUAAUGAUGAUACAAGGGAUGAAACUGUCAGUAAACACAAGUGUACAUUACACAAGAUGUGGCACUUUAGGAUUUUUAGACAAACGCCAUCUUCCCUUUGGGUUGGCAUAUAUGAGAAACUGAAUGGUAAAUAUUCAGUGUUGUGGUUUCUUUGUUCUGUCAAUAAAGUUAUUUAAAUUGUAUUACUUUAGUAAUUGAAAGCAAGGAAAGAUACAAUGAAGAAGAAAAGUAGGUUGUAGUCACCAUGACUGGUCAUGGUAAUCUGCAAAAGUUUAAUCAAAGCAACUUGACUCUUCUUGGUUGUAGAGAAUGUUUUGCAUUUAAGUUCAAAAUCUAAGGUGUAGAGUUCCCCUAUUGAUGAGAUGACAGCUACACGUCAUACACCAGGCACAGUUUGCAACAAAAACCCUCAUGUGACCACCCCCAAGGGACUUAGGGGACCUAAGAUUUAGAACUGAAGAAGCCUUUUCAAUAAGUGGAAACGUCUUCCAACAAAACUAUUGUGGAGUCCUUAAGAAUAAAAAUGUCUACUGAUCUUUCA